AUGGCAAAAGAAUCCUCAUAUUCCCCUGAAGAUAGAUUAUUACGAGCUAUACUUGGCAUUCAGGAUAUGCCUUAUUUGCAAGACGGAGGACCCGUUGAUAUGGUCUUCAAUCCACUAGGGGUACCUUCGCGAAUGAAUGUAGGACAAAUAUUUGAAUGCUCGCUCGGUUUAUCAGGAGGUAUGUUAGAUAGACAUUAUCGAAUAACACCAUUUGAUGAGAGAUAUGAACAAGAAGCUUCGAGAAAACUAGUGUUUUCUGAAUUAUAUGAAGCCAGUAAACAAACAUCUAAUCCAUGGAUAUUUGAACCCGAGUAUCCUGGAAAAAGCAAAAUAUUUGAUGGAAGAACAAAAAUUCUUUUAAACAUCCUACUAUAA